AUGGGGAGGCUGGCUCUGUGCUAUAGUGCUAUCACCCUCCUUUCACUCUCCUUCUCCCCACACUACGCGCUCUACUGCAGGUAUUUCUUCCUGUUGUCUGGCUGGGAGCAAGAUGACCUUACUCAGCAGUGGCUGGAGUGGGAGACCACAGAGCUGCAGCCGGCCCUGUCUGCUUCCCUAUCUGCGUUGGUGCUGCACGGUUGCCAGGGAGAGAAGGUCCUGCAGCCCAUGCGCAGGGUCCUGGCACACAUCGACCACAGCCUGAGCCGCCGCAGCCGCCCCUUCUUGUCUGGGGAUGAGGAGUCCCUGGCAGACAUUGUCCUGUGGGGGACCCUGUAUCCACUGCUCCAAGACCCGGCCUAUCUCCCCGCCAGGAGGCAUGCCGGCGGGCUGUGGAGGCUGGCGCUCCCCCGGGGGCGGGGCCCAGGCCCUAACGCCCGCACCUGCAGCGCCAACCGCGGCCCCGGACCUCCCCAUGACCCACCCGCCAGGACCGAGCCUGAGGAGGAGGCGUUUGCCACACACAGCCUGUCUGAGGAGGAGAUCGCCAUGGCUGCGGCGGCAUGGGAGAAAGGAGUGGAUGCUCUGCCCCAGCCGCGCCCCCCCCAGCACCCUGUGCUGCCAGUGCCCGGCGAGAGGAAUGUGCUCAUCACCAGUGCCCUCCCGUACGUCAACAACGUGCCCCACCUGGGCAAUAUCAUCGGCUGCGUGCUCAGCGCUGACGUCUUUGCCCGAUACGCCCGCCUGCGCCAGUGGAAUACGCUGUACGUGUGUGGGACGGACGAGUACGGAACGGCCACUGAGACCAAGGCCAUGGAGGAGGGCUUGAGCCCCCAGCAGAUCUGCGACAAAUACCACGCCCUGCACGCUGCCAUCUACCGCUGGUUCGCCAUCUCCUUCGACCACUUCGGCCGCACCACCACCCCCCAGCAGACCACGAUCGCCCAGGACAUCUUCCAGCGGCUGCUGUCCCGGGGCUUCUUGCAUACGGCCACGGUGGCCCAGCUGCGCUGUGAGCGCUGUGCCCGCUUCCUGGCUGACCGCUUCGUGGAGGGGGUCUGCCCCUUCUGUGGCUACGAGGAGGCGCGGGGGGACCAGUGCGACAAGUGCGGGAAACUCAUCAAUGCUGUGGAGCUCAAGAAACCGCAGUGCAAGAUCUGCCGCUCUACCCCCGACGUGAAAUCCUCCCGCCACCUGUUCCUCGAUCUGCCUCAGCUGGAGAAGCAGCUGGAGCCGUGGCUGGCCAAGACCCUGGCUAGCGGCGAUUGGACCCCCAAUGCCCGCUUCAUCACUCGCUCCUGGCUGCGCGAUGGGCUGAAACCCCGCUGCAUCACCCGGGACCUGCAGUGGGGCACCCCUGUGCCUUUGGAGGACUUCCAGAAUAAGGUGUUCUACGUCUGGUUUGACGCCCCCAUAGGCUACCUAUCCAUCACGGCCACCUACACUGACCAGUGGGAACGCUGGUGGAAGAACCCGGAGCAGGUGGAGCUCUACCAGUUCAUGGCCAAGGACAACGUUCCUUUCCACAGCGUCGUCUUCCCCUGCUCGCUGCUGGGGGCCGAGGACAACUACACGCUGGUGAACCACCUCGUCGCCACGGAAUACCUGAACUACGAGGACGGGAAGUUCUCCAAGAGCCGGGGCGUGGGGGUGUUUGGGGACAUGGCGCAGGGCACGGGCAUCCCCGCCGACAUCUGGCGCUUCUACCUCCUCUUCGUGCGGCCCGAGGGCCAGGACAGUGCCUUCUCCUGGGCCGACCUGCAGCUCAAGAACAACUCAGAGCUGCUCAACAACCUGGGCAACUUCAUCAACAGGGCUGGAUCCUUUGUCUGCAAAUUCUUCGGGGGCCGUGUGCCAGAAAUGGAGCUCAACGGUGAUGACCGGCGGCUACUGGCCCAGGUGGCCCUAGAGCUGCGGCAAUACCACCAGCUGCUGGAGCGGGUUCGGAUCCGGGACGCGUUGCGCUGCAUCCUCACUGUCUCGCGCCACGGCAACCAGUACAUCCAGGUGAACGAGCCGUGGAAGCUGGUCCGCGGCAGCACGGCUGACAGGCAGCGAGCGGGCACCGUGACCGGGGUCUCGGUCAACAUCGCCGCGCUGUUGUCGGGGAUGCUGCACCCCUAUAUGCCCACGGUCAGUGCCACCAUCCAGGCCCAGCUGCAGCUGCCACCACCCGCUUGCGGCAUCCUACCCGACACCUUCUUGCGCCUGCUGCCCCCCGGCCACGCCAUCGGCACGGUCACCCCCCUGUUCCAGAAACUGGAGUCGGACCAGAUUGAAAAUCUGAGGCAGCGCUUUAGUGGAGGACAGGGUAAAGCGCCAGACCCUGGAGCUCCAGCCACAGACCUGCAGGUACCUGACGAGCAGCAGGCCCAGGUACUGGCUGAGGAAGUGAGCAAGCAGGGAAACCUCGUGCGGGAGCUUAAGGCCCAGAAGGCAGAGAAGGCCCAGGUGGCAGCUGCGGUGUCCAAGCUGCUGGAGCUGAAGAAGCUGCUGGCCUUGGCGCAGGGGGAGGAACCGCACCAGGGGCCCCGGGCCAAGUGAGGGAAGCUGGGUCGGGACUCAGGGUCCAUCACUUUACUAAUAAAAGUUUCCAUGCACGUGGCCCGCUCUGUCAGU